CUUUGCUUUGCUCUUUGGUAAACUUCAAAAAAGUGAGGUUAUUAAUAAUUUUUAUCUUUAAAAACCAACACAAACAUUACAAAUAUAAAAUUAAAAUGAUAUCUCACAAUUCAAUCUUAAAACGAACAUUACCAAUGUUAAUGCAAUGUGCAGAAGCACACAGAAAACCUCGAUGGCUACCGGUGGCAAAAAGUAAAAUAUUUCGUAUACCAAAACGUCCAGUUAUCUCUGAAGAAGAACGAAUAGAGCUUUUGAGGAUAAACAAUAAUUAUAAGACACAAAUGCGCGCAAUAAAGCGUUUUUAUCAUGAAGAAAUGAUAAAAGAAAAAUCUACUCUUGAAAGUGCAAGUUCUGAAAUGUCUCAACAACUUGAGGCCGAGGAAUGGGAGCGCUGUGUAAAAAUUAAUGAUACAUGGAACGCUCAGAUCGCUGCUGAACGGGAAGAGAGAAGGAAAAAGGAAUUACAAGAAAUGGAGGAGUUCGCUCUAGCCAGGAUGGAGGCUAAAGACAAAGAGUUAAGACAUAGGAUUGCAAAGGCGUCAGAAGAAAUUAGAGAGCAGAAGAAACUCAGCAGUACAUUUAUAACUCCAGAGAACUUGGAGGAGGCAAUUGAUAAGGCACUGGCCAACCCUGUUGACUACAACUUUGCUAUUGACCUACAAGGGCAGCAGUAUCUUGGCAGGGAUACACCAAUACCCACUAAAGAACAGAAGAAAGCUGCAAGCAACAAUUGAAUUUUACAACUUUUAUAAUAGUUAAGUCUUAGUAAUAUAUUACAU